ACACAACAAGUCCAAGCCUUUUGUCGUUUCUGCGCGCCGGCUGCUAGCCUAUUGCGAGGUUGCGAAACGCUGCGGCGAAUGGCGACAUUGCUCGGCGUCGGAGCACUCACCUCCGCUGCUGACCGACCGGAGCGUCGUUUCGGGACUGCGAGAGUCCACUUUAGAUAUUCUUGGAAUCUUUCUUUUUUGUCGCAAUGACCUGACCUAUCGAUUAUGAGGAACUUGUGAUAACAGAGACUGGAUCUGAAUGAUAACUUUAAGCAGUUUGGUAAAAGUAAAAUGAAGUGGAACUUCCCGAAACUGAUCAGUGCAUGAAUUGACCUUCUGCCGAUAUGCGUCGAGGAUGUGAAUACGACUGAUAUUAUGGAUUAAUAAGAAACAGAAUGUGGCCUAAGUUAAGACGAUCGCGACGUCUGUCGACGAUUGUUUUCUUCAUUGUUAUAUUCAUAGGCGCAUUUCUGAUUUGGUCUAGGAGCAAGGAGAAAAGCGUUGAUCUGCAAAAUAAUUUUAUUCGAUCACAUAGGAACCAGAAAGAUUACAUUGAUCAACGAGGAAUUCAUGUAGUAGUCGGUCAUUACAUAGGAGAUUCUGUAGAUUCUUUGAAAAUUCCAAACAUCACAAAAGAUGUCAUUAAUCAAAAUUUGUUUAACCCACUGCCAUUUGAAGGAAAAGAUGGAGAACCUGUAGUAAUUCAUCCAAAAGAUUUUUACAAGAUGCAACAAUUAUAUCAAAUUAAUCGAUUUAAUUUAAUGGCUAGUGAUAAAAUACCGCUAAACCGAACUCUACCAGAUGUUAGGAAAAAGAAGUGUAUUUCACGAUAUGCAAACGUAGGUAAUUUACCGAAAACAUCGAUUAUUAUAGUAUUUCAUAAUGAAGCUUGGAGUACUCUAUUACGGACAGUACACAGUGUCAUCAAUCGAUCACCAAAAGAACUGUUAGAAGAAAUUAUUCUUGUUGAUGAUAAUAGUGAAAGAGAAUUCUUGAAAAAGUCUUUAGAUGAUUACGUUAAGAAUUUGAGUAUUUCUACAAGAGUUUUGCGAUCUAACGAACGGAUAGGAUUAAUAAAAGCGAGAAUUUUGGGCGCAAACGAUGCUAAAGGUGAAGUUCUCACUUUUCUCGAUGCUCACUGCGAAUGUACGGUUGGAUGGUUAGAGCCAUUACUUGAAGUAGUUGGUAAAAAUGCAACGAGAAUAAUCGCUCCAGUUAUUGACAUAAUAAACGAUAAUACUUUUAGUUAUACAAGAUCAUUUGAACUUCAUUGGGGUGCAUUUAACUGGGAUUUACAUUUCCGCUGGCUAACUUUGAAUGGCCGUCUGUUGAAGGAAAGACGCGAUAACAUCGUUGAACCAUUUCGAACGCCUGCUAUGGCAGGUGGGCUAUUCUCAAUAAAUAGAGACUAUUUUUUUAAAUUGGGUAGCUAUGAUGAUCAGAUGCAAAUCUGGGGUGGUGAGAACUUGGAACUAUCAUUCCGAGCUUGGCAAUGUGGAGGCAGUAUCGAGAUUGCUCCAUGCUCUCAUGUCGGGCAUCUUUUUCGAAAGUCUUCCCCUUACACUUUUCCGGGCGGCGUCGGAGAUAUUUUGUAUGGCAACCUUGCCAGAGUCGCUUCGGUAUGGAUGGAUCAAUGGGCGGAAUUCUAUUUCAAGUUCAAUCCUGAGGCGGCUAGAUUGAGGUAUAAGCAGCAAAUUCGUUCGAGGUUAGCUUUACGCGAGAAACUACAGUGUAAAAGUUUCGAAUGGUACUUGGAGAAUGUAUGGCCGGAGCAUUUCUUUCCCAUGGAUGAUCGAUUCUUUGGCAGGAUAGUGCAUGUUGCAACAAAGAAAUGCAUUAUGCGACCGACUGCGAAAGGUUCUUAUGCACAACCUUCAGGGUAUGCGGUUCUACAUUCAUGCAUACCACGGCCGAUGCUCAGCCAGAUGUUUGUGAUGACCAAAAACGGCGUUAUAAUGACCGAUGAAAGUGUAUGUUUGGACGCACCGGAACGAGAUACGCAACAAAAGACGCCAAAAGUGAAAAUAAUGGCGUGUAGUGGUCGAGAAAGACAAAAAUGGAAAUAUAAUGAACAAACGAAAAUACUCCUGCACGUACCUUCCGAGAUGUGUCUUCAGGCAACAACGGACGAUGACACGCCUACAAUAGCAGCUUGCACUAAGAAUCUCGACCAACAAUGGAUCUUGGAACCAGUUUCUUGGAAGUGAUAAUUAUGAACAUGUUAUUGACAAAAGAAAAGGCAGCGCCUUAAUGAACUGUCAGUCUAUCAGUAACUAAUAUAUAUUUUACUAGUGCAUUAACUUUGCAACAAUUCGCAUAGUUAUCAUUUUAAUAAUAACUAUCUGAAAAUUGUUGAAAAUCAAUAUUUUUUACUUUUGUACUGACGAAAUAAAAUGUAUACCUUUGUUUUAUGACAAGGUACGAAUUAUAUAAUAAAAAACAAUAGACAAUAUAAAAAAA